UUGGACCCGAAGAAGUCUUGUCCACCUACUCCACCACUAGUCCAAAUUACGAACCUAAAUCAAGAAGAAAUCAUGAAACAUACUUCUGAAUAAUGAAUAAAAAUCAAUGUUUUUGUUAUGAAAACUUUUAGCUAGCUUAAAAAAAAAAAAAAAAAAAGUUUGCUGUUUCACACAGUUUCUCUUUGAUGAUCAUAGUGAAGUGAGAAUUUCAAGAACCGAAGCCGCUUUUAAGUUUUAAGCAGACAGGCCGGCCUGAAAGCUCGGGAGAAGGAAAGAAAAGCUGUGCCGCCAUGUGAUUUCUCCACUCUACACGAGCUGAGGUUGAUUUUCGGGUAUAUUGAUUCUGCUAUUUGCAGUGGAAAAGAUUUAAGGUGAGCAGAGGUAAUCUAUGGGUUUUGGGUUUAGUUUCAGCAGCUCUGGCUGAUUGAGGUGGCUGGUAUUUCUUGGUUUAUAAAUACCGCCUUUAGAGUAUUUCAAGAAAAGGAAAAUCUUUUGUGAAGGAUAGUUCUGGAUUUGGCAUAUUAACUGUGCAGGAAAGAAACUUUUCAUUGAAGAUUGGUGAAAUCUGACUGGUGUUUUUAGGAUCCAUAAGUUGAAUUUUGUGUAGGGUGAAAAUUUAGUGAAGUUACCAUAAAAUGGGAGUUUGAAUUUAAGUCCAUCAUCUGCCUCGGAUCUUGACUAGAAAAGAGUUUGAAUGCAAUCUUCCUGGAUGGUGGAGUACUCAGAGUGAUUUAGAUGUAUUAGUUCUGAUGUUGAAGAUGUCUUCAGUUUCAGAAAAGAGCUUGCUGCCCUCAAGGCUACUUUCUUGUCUGAUAGCAUUUUCGAUGUUUCUUUUCAUUUCGGCUUCACUGUCCCUUGUACAACUCAGUCACACUUCUUUGACACCUAAAUCAGUUCUUCAGUUAAUUAUUGCCGAUAAUUCAAAAAUCAACUCAGAACCAGAUGGUAAGGGCUAUGCACAGAGAAGCCCUCUUUUCAAGAUUGGAACUUCAGAGAAAGGAAAAAUUGCAAUUCAAGAGGGGAACUCUGAGGGUCUUUAUCCCCGAAGGGUUAUGGAUGGACCGGGGAUAUAUAGGAGGGAAUCAUGCGAUAAACGGCAGGCUCUUCUUAGAGUGUAUAUGUAUGACUUGCCUCCUGAGUUUCAUUUCGGGUUGUUGGGUUGGAGAGGUGAUGAAAACCAAACUUGGCCGAGUGUUAAUGGACGAAGUAGAAUACCAUCUUAUCCCGGUGGGUUAAAUUUACAGCACAGUGCUGAGUACUGGCUUACUCUUGAUCUUCUUGCAUCAAAUACUCCAAGUGUAGUCAGGCCGUGUAGUGCAGUUAGAGUAAAGAACUCGAGUGAAGCGGAUGUGAUAUUUGUACCCUUUUUCUCGUCUUUGAGUUAUAAUCGGCAUUCAAAGAUUCAGGGAAAGGAAAACAUUAGUAUCAACACAAUGCUGCAGGAGAAAUUGGUGGAGUUUUUUCUGAUUGUAGCCCACCACCCAAAUAGCAUGUUGGUUGCUAGGGAAAAGCUUGGUGCUGCCAUGUUUGUGCUAGCUGACUUUGGGAGGUACCCUAUUGAAAUAGCCAACAUCGAGAAGGAUGUAAUAGCUCCUUACAAACACAUGGUGAGGGCGAUUCCAGCUGCUGAUUCAGCUCCUUUUGAUGAACGGCCGACAUUGGUUUAUUUCCAAGGUGCAAUCUAUAGGAAAGAUGGUGGAGCAAUUCGCCAAGAACUAUACUACCUUCUUAAAGACGAGAAAGAUGUUCACUUUACAUUUGGAAGUGUUCAAGCAAAUGGGAUAAGCCAGGCGGGCCGAGGGAUGGCAUUGUCCAAAUUUUGCCUUAAUAUUGCCGGAGACACCCCAUCAUCGAACCGUCUGUUCGAUGCUAUUGCUAGCCACUGUGUUCCUGUGAUCAUUAGCGAUGAGAUUGAGCUACCGUUUGAAGAUGUCCUUGACUACUCAGAAUUUUGUUUAUUUAUCCGCUCGUCUGAUGCUGUGAAAAAGGGUUACGUUCUGCAUUUUCUUAGAGGGAUCAAACGAGAGAAAUGGGUGAAAAUGUGGGAAAGAUUAAAGGAGAUCAGUCGACACUUUGAGUACCAAUAUCCGUCUCAGCCUGGUGACGCUGUUGAUAUGAUUUGGCAGACGGUUUCACGCAAGAAAACGUCUACAAGGUUGAAUGUCCACCGGAAGAAUAGAUACAGCAGACCGCAGUUUCUUUGAGGACUAACCCGAAUUAUGUUUUUGCCUACUAGGAAUUCAUAGAUUGAUUACGAUCGAAAGCCAUUGCAGGUGAAGGGGCAACAUUUAGAGGCAAGCUCAUUGUUUCUUGCAAGGCAUCAGUGUUCAGAACAUGUGAACUUCUUAGGAGCAAUCUCCCUCCUCCACUCCAACUUCUCGAAGCUGAAACAUUCUCUGUUUGGACAGACAGAAGCCCGAUACAAAAGAGUACAAGGAUGAUGAUCUUGUAGGUUAAGCAGCACAUGUUUAGGAGGAAGUUCUUGUUAGAAACAAUGAUGAAAGAAUAGAUGCUUUGUCUGGGAAUGAGAUGGGCUCAUUUGUACUUCAUCUGUUGUGAGACUAAAGGCAAUAAAGCAGAAAAGGGGCCCCAAAGCAUCUAGAGAAGCUAGAUUCACUCCAAUCAUAAGCCUGGCACAGAAGCAAAUGCAAGGCUGCUGUAGAAGACUCUGACAGGUUUGAACAAAAGUUGGUUGGAGAAAGAGAUCAUUCUUGAGAAGCUUGCUUCUUUGGUUUUAUUUCUCAAGUAUUUUUCUUUGUUUUCCAGAGAUAGGCAAAGAUAAAACUAAGUUUCUAU